AUGACAGACUUCCAGGGCGUCUCCGAUGCCGCCUCUCUGCUGCAGCCGAAAUCCUACGUUGGUUUCGACACGAUCACCACGCAGAUCGAGAACAGAUUGCUCAAACGGGGCUUCACGCUGAAUGUUAUGGUUGUUGGCCACUCUGGCCUGGGAAAGAGCACGCUGGUCAACACGCUGUUUGCGCAGCACGUGAUUGACUCGAGCGGCAGAAAGACGAUCUACGAGCCGGUCGACAAGACGUGCGAGGUCAAGGUUACGUCGCAGACGCUGGUGGAGAACAACGUCAAGCUGGCUCUGAACGUGAUCGACACGCCGGGUUUCGGAGACCAGGUGAACAACGAAAAGUGCUGGGAGCCGAUCCUGAAGUACAUCAAGGACCAGCAGAACCAGUAUCUCAGGAAAGAGCUGAACGCCACUAGAGAAACAUCCAUCAAAGACACCAGAGUCCACUGCAUUCUCUACUUCAUCGAGCCAACGAACUACGGGCUCAAAAAACUGGACAUUAUUGCGCUGAGGAAGCUGACAGAGGUCGCCAACGUCGUGCCUGUGAUCGCCAAGGCAGACACUCUGACCCUGGAGGAAAGAGCCAACCUCAAGUCCAUUCUGCAGGAACAGUUCAAAUACUACAACUUCAGGAUGUAUCCGUACGAGUUCAGCCUGGGCGAGGACGGCCUCACUGCCGAAGAGAGACAACUGAACAGCGACAUCCAGUCGCUCUUGCCGUUUGCCAUCAUCGGCUCCGAGGACAUCAUCACCACUCCUUCCGGAGAGGUUAUUCGCGGGAGAAGAACCAAGUGGGGGCUCAUCAACGUGGAGGACGUGACCCAGUGCGAGUUUGUCUAUCUGAGAGACUUCCUGACCAGAACACAUCUCCACGACCUGAUCGAGACCACUGCGUACGUCCACUACGAGAGUUUCAGAACAAAGCAGCUCACCGCUCUCAGAGAGAACGUGGGGGCCAGAAACACGCAGUACCAGCCGCAAGGCCCGGUCCCGGCCACUGCGCCAGGCCCUGCUGGCCCAUCCAUGGUGGGAGGAAUUCCUCAAAUGUCGUGA